AAGAUAUAGUAUCUUAUCUAAAGAUCACCACUGUUCAGCAAACCACUCGUUCAUGCUUCUCAAAAAAUCCAUUUCAAUGUUAAACCACCAUGCAAAGAGGUAAACGACUGAGUAACUACGUAUACCAUACCACUACGUACCUAAUGAAGUUUGAGUCAUUGUCACCGCUAUACCAAAAUACACACAAAUUUAGGUUGAAUUAAGUUGUAAGCAUUUCAUCAAACAACAUCAAACUGUUUUAAUUCAUACCAAAAACCAUACCUGCACUAUCUCUCUCUUAGUCACGGGCUUGUCAAACGGAGUAUAAUAUACCUGGACGGUUUAUUUUACAAACAAUGUUGGAGUGAAAAUUUCUUCUGCGCUCUCACUGGUGUCAGUAUUCCGUGUGAGUAGAGUGUAGAGUGGUACACUUUAUCUCCAUGUGCAACUCAUGUUGAUUGUGUAAUUCUGUUUUUACUUUUUACUCCAACGGCUACGACAAGCGGCAGCAAGCAGCAUUUGUAUCAUUUUGUUUUUGAGUGCUUGUUAUUUUUACGAUUUCCUGUUUCUAUAUUAAAAUGUCUACAACAAAAAAUAAUUCAUUGGAUAAACACGAAGAUCUCAAAACAAAUAUAAAGUUUCUUAAAUUGAUUGAAAAACAUGAGUGUUUAUGGAAACACGAUUCACCAAAUUAUACAAACAAUCACAUUAAAGUUGAAGCUUGGAAGCAAAUUGCAAAGGCUGUCAACGGCACAGAAGAAAGAUGCAAUAGGCGUUGGCGAUAUAUUCGACAAGCAUAUUCACAGCAUGUCAGGACAAGUAUAAAUGCCGACCCAAAGAAAAAAUAUUAUUUGUCACCUCAUGUGGAUUUCGUUAAACCAUAUAUAAAACUACAUCCUUGUUGUCAAUCAAGUGCAACUGCCAGCAAACAAAAUAAAGACAAUUCAAAGGAAGAUUGGACUGAAACAACAAAAAGGAAACACACAAAUGAAGCACCAGCGGAAACAGAAAAAAUAUUGGAACAACAGUUUUUGGAACUUAUUGAAGGAAAGGGCGAGAAAAGCACAAAAACUAAAUCUGUUGAAGUUUAUGAAGAGCGAAAACUAAAACCUUCUACUAGCAGCUGCAGCCUUAAGCGAAAGAUUGACAUUCAAGACACGGAAUCAAGGUCAAAACAUGUAAGAACUACAGAAGUCGAAAGUGUCGUCAGUAAGAAUUGGAUGUUUUUGGAAAGUAUUCUACCUUUUGUUGAUGAAAUGAGCAAAAAACAGAUCCGUCGAUUUAGAAAAAAAGUAAUGUUACUUCUUGAAGAUGUUUUAGAGAAGAAAAGCAUAGACAGACCAGAAUUGGUUAAAUAAACUUAAAGAUUAAAUGUAUGUACAUAGGUAAAAAAUAAAUUUAAAAAUAAGA